AUGCCGCUGAGGGAAGCUUCGAGGAAGGUGGCGGAGCUCGGGCGAGCGAUGAAAGGUCUAUGGAAGGGGAGGGAAGAUGACGUCAGCGGCACUGGAACAGGAACAGCAGCAGAUGGUGCUGCUGCGGGCAAGCCGAGUAGCAGCCUACCCUCUCUUUCGCAAUUCCCUGACGCAGAGGAGAGGCAGCUGGCAGCAGCCCUGGCUAGCGGGAAACGAGCUACUCUUAUCCAGUUUUACGCACGCCGCUGCCGCCUCUGCCGGUCGCUCAGCCAGCUCACCGCUGAGCUGGCGCGACGCAACGCUGACUGGCUCAACGUGGUCCCUGCUGACGUGGAGAACAGCCGAUGGCUGCCCGAGGUGGGGCACUACAGCAUCAAGUACGUGCCAUGCUACGUCCUUUUGGAUGCGCGGGGGAGGGCCCUGGCCAAGACAGGCGAGCCGUACAGCCGCAAGCACGUGGUGAAGGGACUGGCUUACAUGGUGGAGAGCAUUCGGCCUUACCGGCGGCGCCCUGCUAGCAGCGAGGCGAACGCUAUGGUUUGGCCAUGCCGCAACCUGCGGUCUUUCUCAACAGAAACUUUCUACUUGUUGACAAGGCUUUUCGCGAUUCACCAGUCUCUUAGUCUUCUAGCUGCUCACUUGGCGGUUGUGGCGAAGGCCAAGUCUGAGUUGUGGUGUCAAGCUGACGUGAAAUCUCCUUGCGCUGUCAAUUCUAUACCCUCAGUACACAUCGAGUUUGAGGAACCAACUCGAGGCACACUCUCGCUGUUUCAAACCUUUUGCAGGGGUCUCAAGAUGUACUUUGCGACGUACAUAGUAGUGAAUGGGAACUUUGUACUUGCUGCCACUUUAAUGAUGGUCGUGGCGGACGAACGACCCGCGACGAACCAAAAUCCGAGCUCGCGGACGUUCUUCGGACCCGUCGCCAUGUUUUCGUGGAUCGCGUCGAAACCAGCGGCGAAGGAGGAACCGCCCGUUCCCAAGAGCUUUGAUCCGCUCAAGGGCCUGGGAGGAGCAGUCGCAUUUUACAAGGAUGCCGACUCGCAGACCGCCGACGCUGCUGCGUCAGGCAAGCUGAUUGGCUCCGCUGCUGCGUUCUACGCCAACGUUGCUCGCGAACGUCUGCUAGAAGCAGCUGACGCGGCUGUGCCCGCGGGUUCGAAUCCCGCUGCUGGCAAUAAUUCGGGGGGAAGAGCCGCUGCCGAAAUCUGCCCUGGCGUUGGCGAAAUCAACGAGUUUCUGCGACGGGGGCGACGCUGCAUUGACUCUGUCGCGCCGUCGCUGGCUGGUGCGGGGGAAGGCAAGGCGGAGGGCGGAUCCGUGCCUGCGCCGGAGCUGGACUUGAGGUUCGGGAGCGCGGCUGAGGAGCCGGUUCGGUGGCUGUUCAAAGUGGUGAUUGGCAGCGAGCAUGCGGAUCUGGACGCGAUCGUCUCAGCCAUUGUCUACUCUUUCUUCCUGGACCAUUCAGAGCCGCCCAGUGCGCGGGCGGCGGGGCUUUGUCUGCUUCCGCUGGUGCACACGAGCCGAAAGGACUUCCACCUCCGCACUGAUGCAGCAUGGCUGCUGCAGGCCAUGGGGGUGGACACACAGGCGCUUCUCUUCUUAGAUGAGGUUGAUCUGCGCAAGCUGCAUGGGGAGGGGCGGCUGCAAGUGGUGCUGUAUGGCCACAACAAGAUGCCUCCUACUAUCGAGGGCAUGGAGAAAGCUGUGGCGGAAAUCAUCCCCCGGGAAACAGGUGGGGAGCAGGGAUCAGUCAUCUCACAUCCCAUCUUCCCGCGAACUGCAGAAGAGGGCAGCAGCUGUGCCACCAUGCUGGCUCGCAGGCUCUCAGAGGAGGCCCCUCACCUGCUCCUCAACACGGCCCUUGCACGCCUGCUGCUCGCAGCCAUUCUCACGUGCACCAAUAACUUGGAUCCAGGGCAGAGCAGCGAGGUCGAUGCCAGCAUGGCUGCAUUCCUGGCCGUUGGAUCGAGGACCCUCGGGCGCAACGUUUUCUACGAGAUCUUGCGUGACAAGAAGUACAACCAGGCUUCUCUUACUACUGAGGAGCUCCUUAGAGCGGAUAUUGUGCAGCAUGCCAUGGGACCUGGUGUGCGCGGCAAGAAGGGGGGCGAGGUGCUGAACGUGGCGAUAUCAAAUGUGGGAAGCUCCACAUCGCAGCUGGUGAACAAGGACACCAAGUUCGAGGAGAUUCUCAAGCAGUUCCUCUCCACCCGCUCGCUGCACCUCCUGGUCAUCCUCUCUACAUACUACUCUGAAACCAGCAAACGCUUCAAGAGGGAGCUGGUGCUGGCCACCCCUCUCUCCUCCCUCUCCUCGGGCCUCUCCUUCUUUCUCCAGAAGGAAUCGCACGACUUGCGCCUUCGACCAGUCACCAUACGAGGCAUGCCCAGUUGGCUCAAGGCGUUCACGCUUGGUAACCCGGCAACCACACGCACUGAUGUGGAGCACCUCCUUGUUGAGUAUUUUGAGGACGGCAGUUUCAGAGAUUCCGUAAAAGCCCGCGCAGUCGGAAUGGCGAUCUCGAGAGGGUUUCAUAUAUUUUUAGUGCUUCUUGCGGUUGCGACCGUUGUUUCUGGAACGAAGAAGCUAAAAGACGGCAGUCGCUGUUUGCUUUCGCCAUCGCUAAAGCCCAUCGUUGAGUGUGAAGGCGGGCCAGCCACGUGUCUUGUAAUGCGGACGCCGAAGCCUGGAAAUCCGUACGGUCGCUACAAAGGAGUCUGCAACAGCACUUAUGAAAAGGGGCUGUACUGCGCGUUCAUGUCGCAGCCCUAUGCGGUGGGAACGCGCGGCAUCCUCGGCAGCAGCAGUUGCGAGCGCUGCAACUGCAAGGCGGUGCCGGUGGUGAUCGCGGGGAGCAAGGAGCUGGUGCGCAUGGAGGCGCAGUGCGUGUGCCCCGAGGUGCAGUGUCGAACCAACUACCGCGGAGGCAGCAUCCGCAGAUUCGAGUGCCCACCUCUACAGCAAACGUGUCUGAUCAAUCGAGUGGGGCGGGGCGGGGUGGACAGCGAGGGGUACAGGAUCGACGUUGGCACAUGCAUAGCACCGCAAGACGCUUUCAGAGCCACCAACUGCAGCAGUGCGGGCCCCACAUGGGGCAUGAAGUGGUAUGCCCUUGGCACAACAAACAUCCCCAAGCCUGGAGAUUGGUGCACACGGUGCAAGUGUGGGCAUAAGGGGCUCAUACGGUGCCGCAAGGUGGCCAAUUGCACUCCGCCACCUGGCAGAUCGGCCACUGGAUGA